AUGCAACAUUCCAAAGGAGCAUGCGUUAAGAGUGACGGGUGUCGUCGGAAACGAACCAUCACAGCAGCACGCAGGGAACAGAACCGGGUGGCACAGAAAGCGUACCGACAGAGGAUCAAAGAGGCUCGACAGAGCGAUGCCAAGAAACUUGUUAAUGACACCCCUCGCCUCAGCGAGCUCAGACCAUAUGAACCCUUCCUGGGCAGGCCUUCAUGCGGCUUACUGGCUCAUGCCUCGGACCAAAGAUGCCAGCAGCGACCAGAAUUUGCUAUCAUGGAGCAUAGUGUUCUUGACUGUAUGACGUCUCUGGCGUCCAAAAGUUCGAUUCCAGCAAACAAUAUCAACAAUCUCGGACGUGCAUCCAGACAAGCGACGGCAAAUCCUCCCAGUGCCACAGUUUCUAUAUCAGACACGCUGGAGCUAAACUUGUUAACGUCGCCAUCGCCUGCGCUAUCUCUUUCCCGCUUAUUGCUGACACCCAUUGGUUGGGACAUGCCGUUACAAGUCUCCCAAAGUACAGAUCUAUUUCCCGUGGAAGUGUGUGGCAAUAACACUGAAAAUAUUCAAGACCCCGAGGGGACGUGGAAUAUACUGGCAGGUCGGAUUACUAUGACUAUUCAGUUCGCCCCUGUCACGACGUUGACAGCCAUUAUCGACAAUGCACUGAGAUUACAUCUGGACUUGGCCCAAAUUCUCACCGUCGACUACAUGUCUCCCUUCUACCGACCUGCCGCCCCCCAGGACGACCCUCAAUUCUUGCUGGAAGCGCAUCCUACUCAUGGAUCCCUGCCGAUCUGCGGCCGACGCUGGCCCAGAUCCUCUACCCCCACCAUCCCUUCCUCGACCUCAUUCCGUUUCCACUCAUACGGGCGAGGGCUAUCAUGA